ACUUUCCCGUUCUUUCUCGCGCGAAAUUCUCCGUCGAUGUCGCCCUCCUCCGACGCUGUCUAACCCCCCCACACCAGCCGGAGCCGAGCCGCGAUGCCGUCCCGCGUGAACGCGGGACGGCGGGCGGCUUCCGAGCGCGAACUAUUUUCAGCGGCUCAAGAAUACAGCGUAGGGGGGUGGUUGGGGGGGUGGUGAGUCGUCCUUUCUGAGACGCGAGGAAAUCGCUUCGAAGUGAACCCGGGGACCAGGAACCACGCAACGAGGAACCCCCAGACGCACAGGGACCCCUCUCAGCAAGGGACCCCGAUCGAUCGGGGACCCCGAGACACAGAGGGACACCCCCAAGGACCCCGCUCAAUCAGGUACCCAUCUCAACCAGGUACCCUGAGGCGCAGGGCAUCUCAGCUCAACCAGGGGCCCGCGAUACCCUGGGGACCCCUUUCAACCAGGGGCCCGAGACUCUGCGAACCCCAGGGACUUUGCUCAGCAGGGACCCCCCCACCCCCCAACGACUCGGAAGACCCCAAGGUGACACCCAAGACCCGAGAACACUCUGCGACCACCUCGCCGAAACCAGUCGAGAGCCCGAGGCCCAGCGAGGGUAAAUCAAGAGGGGGUGUCCCCGAAACGUCGGGGACCAGGAGGAGGAGGAGGAAGGGGGUUGCGAUGCAGGGCGGCGUGGACCAGGACAUGUCCGCAGACAGCGACGCGGAGAGCGAGGGCGGCGGGGUCGUGGCGGGGUCGAGCCAGGCGGGAGAAGUCGCUCUCAAGCCGGGCAAGAAGACCCGCGGGCGAGUGAAGAUCAAGAUGGCAUUCAUAGACAACAAGCUCAGGCGAUACACCACGUUCAGCAAGCGUAAGACGGGCAUCAUGAAGAAGGCAUACGAGCUGUCAACUCUGACAGGCACGCAGGUGCUGCUGUUGGUGGCAAGUGAGACGGGACACGUGUACACGUUUGCCACGCGUAAGCUGCAGCCCAUGAUAACCAGUGAGAGUGGCAAGGCGCUCAUCCAGACCUGCCUCAACUCGCCCGACUCGCCACCAAGGACUGACUCUGGUACCCAACAGCGCAUGAGUGCCACGGGCUUUGAGGAGACCGAACUGAUCUACCAGGUGGCAGACGGGGAAACUUCCUCGGCUGACGUCAAGCACGAAACCACAGCCAAGCCCUCCCUGGUAACCAUCUCGAACAUCCCGGGAGCGGUGACCAGCGGGCAGUCGGCAGGGGGGGCCGCCACCAGCGUGCAGUUUGGAAGCAGCACUGCCUUCCCCAUCACCAGCUACAUGGCGCCUGUGCUCGGUACCCAUACCAGCAGCAGUGCCAGCAGCAGCGGCACCAGCAAAGGAGGCAACCAAGGAGUUUGCCAGAGCUCCAGUGUGCUACCCAAUGCCAUCACGCUCAUGCCCGGUACUAUCUUGCCUCCAGGAACACCAAUCGGAUCCCUCUCACAGCAGCUGACCCUUCCUGGGCCUCCAUCGUGUGGUGGACAGCACACUGUAUUCCGAUUUCCAGGCUCCUCUGCAGGACAAAUUCUUUCCAUAGAGACAAAUGGAGUUGCCCAGCAGAUGCCGCUGCAGGCCAUUCAGAUCCAGCCGGGUCAUGUGACCCUUCAGCCAACCAAUGGACAUGUCAAUCUCCAGCCAACCAGUCAGACAGCAGCAUCGAGCAGCACCUUCACUGUUGUGGAGUCUCCGCCCACAGUGUCCAUGGCAACCCUGGUCCCUACAACGUGUGCCACGACGGUUGGAGGCCACGUGAUGUAUCCCCACGGCGUGAUGUACGCCACAUCUUCCGAAGGGCUCACCCUUCUCAACGCGUUCAACGCGCACUCCGCUGGCACGCACGAGCAAGGCAUUCCUCAAGUGGUGCUCACCAGCUCUGGGACAGCACUGCAGAUCCCAGUAAACUCUUUGCAAUUCCAACAGCUGUCAACUCUCAGCCAAUCACAAACAUCGUCAUCACCAAGCCCAGCGGAAGGGAAGUCCAGUGGAGAAUGACUGGAACAUGGAGACGUUGGACGACUCCAGCCAGACCUACGUGCCAUACCCGAGGUUUCCGUCGCCUGCGAGCACAUGACUCGGCACUUGAAUGGCGGGUAGCAACUGUCUGGAAAGGCUGCAGGCAGUGGUGGCCCAACACAUUUUUCAGGUGCUGCUGUCGGAAUGACUUUCAAGAGAUGAACAUUGGCGUUUACCUGUUCUCCCACUUUGGUAGAUGCUUAGCGAUGACCGUUUGUGUUUUUGUGCACUCUUUUCACUGUACCCUUUACACAAAAAUGCUUUUGUAUGACCUGACAUUUAAAACAUUCAUAGGAUAUUUUUGUUUUAAUAUAUGUAUAUAUGCACACAAUGUAGAUAUUGUACAAGUAAGAUUACAUUGCAUGCUACAACCAUGGACAUGAUUAUGCUACAAACAUGGCACAUGACUGCAUGCAAUGCUAUCGUUGUGCAAACCUCAUUGACUACCUGGAAUAAUGUGUGUACAUUUUUUUUAUAAUAAAGAUCAUCUGCAAGUCG